AAUGCAUUAUUCAUAAUGAGAUUUUAUAUAUUCCAUCAAGGUGGACGUAGUUCGUCACAGUCAAAGUUUGAUACCGAUAACAGUAACUUCGACAAUUGGAGAAUUAUCGAAGCGCAGAUAUUAUCAGGAACCACGAUGACUAACCGAAUCGAAGAGACGGAAGUCGAUACGGCGCAAAGUGAAAUUGCGCAAUUUUUCUCAGGCCGCAAAGUUCUCGUAACAGGUGGCUUGGGCUUCCUCGGGAAGCUUCUAAUCGAAAAAUUGUUGCGAUCCUGCCCGAACAUCGCGAUAUUGUACGUAUUUGUGAGAAGAAAAAAUGGAAAGAGUCCUCAAGAACGCAUCCAGCAACUUGCUGAAAUGCCCUUAUACGAGAGAUUGAAGAAGGAACAGCCCGACUUCUUGCAGAAAUUAAUAGUAAUCGAAAGUAAUUUGAACACGACAAAUUUAGGGUUGUCUCCGCAAGAUCGAACUACACUGCUCGAUACAAACGUUAUUUUUCACGGUACAACGAUUAUACGUUCCAAUCAAAAAUUGCGCACCAUGGCGAACAUUCAUGUGCAAAGCACCAAGCAAAUAUUACUGUUGGCGAAAGAGAUGCCUGAUCUCAAGGCCUUUGUUCAUCUGUCGUCCGUCUUCGCUUAUUCCGUAAUCAAAUCCAUCGAAGAGAAACAUUAUCCCCCGCCCCUGGAGACCGAUAAAUUGUUGUCACUGUUAAAUAACUUGAACGAUGAUAAAUUGGAGACUAUCGCUCCGGCAUUGAUCGGCACCUGGCCCAACGUGUUCGCAUUUACGAAAGCAAUCGCGGAGGACACGGUGCUGCGAUAUCGUGGCGGGAUACCGGCGUGCAUCGUGCGAUCGUCCGUCGUGACUCCGACCUGGAAGGAGCCGAUCGCGGGCUGGACCGACAGCGUUUACGGGCCCGUUGGCCUCCUGGCCGGCUCGAGCCUCGGCUUAUUGCGCACGAUACAUUGCCACACCGACAAAAAGCUCGACUUUGUACCGGCCGAUUACGUGACGUCGAGUCUGAUCGCCGCCGCCUGGCACACCAACGUGAGGAACGUUAAGAAGGACUUUAAAGUAGACGUGGAUACCGGUAUUGUGCCGAACGUGGAAAGGGUACCGGUGUACAACUGCGUUUCCUCGUGUCAAAGUCCGAUAACCUGGCAAACGUUUCGAAAACACGUACGCAACCACGCAUCGAAGAUACCUGGGGCGAAAGACAUACGGCUACAGUGCAUAUUUUGGACCAGUAGACUGUGGAUACACAAGAUUCUCAUGUUCCUGUUCCACUUGUUGCCCGCGAUCAUGGUGGACGCGGCGGCUAUUGUCACCGGCCGAGACGCAAGGUGGUGCAAGAUCUACGAUCUGAUACACGCUCAUCUCUCGGCAACGUCUUACUUUACGACGCAGCAGUGGCACUUUACGAAUAACGCGAUGGUCAAACUAUGGGGACGAAUGAACGCGGUGGAUCGCGAGAUAUUCGAGUUCGACAUGAGUAACUUCGAUUGGGUCGAAUACGUGAAACGAAUGACUCGUGGUAUUCGCGCAUUUAUCGACAAAACCCCGUGGGACGCCGUAAAGGAGGGACUGGCUGAAUAUAUCGAACUCUGAUCCCCAUAUGUUCCCGAAGACUCAAGUCGCACGUGUAGCCGGAACGCGCUUUCUCUACGUAAUUUAUAUAAUCAAGAGCUCACAAUUUGCAACACCUACAUUUUUCCCUCGUUAAGUGAUAUUUUAUAAAGAUAUAUGUUGCAUUAAUUAUAAAAAAUAUACGCAUUACAAACGACACACUGACAAUCAAAUAGUCAUUAAGUAGAAAGUUAUAGAAAUUAUAUAUAAUUUACAUUUCAUCAUAAAUUAUAGAUUUUACUCUCAAUGUUAUUAUAAUAAACUAGUACUUUUACACCAGCGCGAAAACGUCGACUAGAAAAUAGGACUGACAACAGACGAGGCCAGGCAGUGAAAGCGGAGGUUCGGAAAAAUUGGAAACUGUACAUUUACACCAGCACGAUGGGGAACGUCACCUCGAUGAUUUACUGGUAAUAACGAUAACGUUCGGGAUCACCGGGUGAAAUCUACUAUUCAUCAGAAAUGCGAGUAUCGCGUAUCUGCUGAUAUUCGAGCAUAUGUGCUACACGCUCGUAAACCAUGCCCGACAACAAUGCAGCCUCUUCGGUCUGAUUGUCACUGUUCCAGAACGUAGGAGGGCACUCGCGGAACCUCAACGACCACGAGGGACAGCAUGGGAAAUGGUAAUAGAUCUUCAGGAAUGUGUAAUUAUCAUUAUCCUAAUAUAUAUCUCUCAUUUAAUCGGAUUUAUUGAGAUGUACUACUGUUUAAAUAUCCAUAAUUUGACACGUAAGUAAGAGUUGAAUCAUGGAAACCGUUAAUUAAAUAGAGCAUGUAAUCUCUCCAACAAUAAUAAAAUUAAUAACUGAUAUAAAAGCUAUAAAUAAGAUGAUGAGAGAAAAU